AUGCCUCGGAAGCGGCCAGCUGGCUGCAUCCUUCUCCUUACAUUCCUGGGUCUGUCUGGGAUGGUUGGCGCAGUUACCAGAACAUACCACAUUGGGAUUGUGGAAGAAUACUGGAACUAUGUACCCCAAGGAAAGAACGCUAUUACUGGGAAAAGUUUCUCAGAAGACAAACUUGCAACCUUAUUUCUCAAAAGAAGACCCAACAGGAUAGGCGGUAUUUACAAAAAGGCUGUUUACAGACACUACACAGAUGAGACUUAUUCCACAGAGAUCCCCAAACCUCCCUGGCUUGGAUUCUUGGGCCCUAUCUUGAGAGCUGAAGUGGGUGAUGUGAUUGUCAUCCAUUUAAAGAACUUUGCUUCCCGACCCUACUCCUUGCAUCCACACGGCGUUUUCUACAACAAAGAUUCAGAAGGAGCCCUGUACCCAGAUGGAACAUAUGGAAGGAACAAGGAUGAUGACAAUGUUCCUCCUGGCAAAAACUAUACCUAUGUCUGGCCAGUGAGAGAAGAAUAUGCUCCUGCCCCAGCAGAUGCAAAUUGCCUGACCUGGGUGUACCAUUCGCACAUCGAUGCCCCUAAGGACAUCUGCUCGGGGCUAAUUGGCCCACUGCUGGUGUGCAAAGAGGGUAUCCUGCAUAAAUAUUCAGGGACAAGGACUGAUGUGAAUCAAGAGUUUGUUAUAAUGUUUACUGUUGUGGAUGAGAAUCAAAGCUGGUACCUUGAGGAAAAUAUCAGACAUUUCUGCACUGACCCUGAUUCAGUUGACAAAGAAGAUGCUGUUUUCCAGAAGAGUAACAAAAUGCAUGCGCUCAAUGGAUACCUCUUUGGAAACUUCCCCGAGCCUGAUAUGUGUGUUGGUGAAUUGGUGUCCUGGCACCUAUUUGGAAUGGGGAAUGAGAUAGACAUCCAUUCCAUCUAUUUUUAUGGUAACACCUUCAUCAGCAGAGGCCAUCGGACUGAUGUCAUCAACCUCUUCCCAGCCACCUUCCUGACAACAGAAAUGAUAGUUGAGAAUCCUGGGAAGUGGAUGAUAACCUGCCAAGUCAGUGAUCACUUUCAAGCUGGCAUGCUGGGGCAAUACAAUGUUGGUAACUGCAAAAGUGGUAUUUUUCACCCCAAGAUGAAGGGUCAACAGAGGCGCUAUUUUAUAGCAGCUGAAAAAAUUCUUUGGGAUUAUGGUCCUCAAGGCUAUAACAAAUUCAGUGGUCUUCCCCUAAAUGCCUCUGGCAGUGACUCUGAGCUCUACUUCACACAAGGGGACAACAGAAUAGGAGGAAAAUAUUGGAAGGCUCAGUAUAUAGAGUAUGUUGAUGCAACUUUUACUCGAAGAAAAAGACUCUCUGAGGCAGAAGCCCACCUUGGAAUUCUUGGUCCCAUCAUCAAGGCAGAGGUGGGUGAUACUCUGUUAGUGACCUUUGCUAACAAAGCCGACAAGAUCUACAGUAUUUUGCCCCAUGGUGUGAUCUAUGACAAGGCCUCUGAUGCAGCCCCAAAUGUAGAUGGAUUUCUGAAGCCAGGGGCACACGUUAAGCCAGGUGAAACUUUCACAUACAGGUGGACGGUGCCUGAAAGCAUAAGCCCAACUGCUGAUGAUCCCCCCUGUCUGACCUAUCUUUACUUCUCAGCUGUUGAGCCAAUCAACGACACCAGCUCUGGCCUUGUAGGGCCUUUGCUAGUCUGUAAGAAGGGCAUUCUCAAUACUGAUGGGACACAGAAAGGAAUAGACAAGGAAUUUUACCUAUUAUUCACAGUCUUUGAUGAGAAUCUGAGCAGGUAUCUUGAUGAAAAUACUCAGAAGUUUACCUGGCGUCCCUUCAGUGUUGACAAGGAGGACAAAGAGUUUGUGAAGUCCAACUGAAUGCAUGCUAUUAACGGCUAUAUGUAUGGCAACCAGCCAGGCCUAACCAUGUGCAAAAAGGAUAGAGUUUCCUGGCAUAUGAUUGGAAUGGGCACCGACACUGACAUGCAUGGAGUUUAUUUUCAAGGGAACACCAUCCACCUACGAGGGACUCACCGCGACUCCCUGGCCCUGUUUCCCCAUGUCUCCACAACAGCAUUCAUGCAGCCGGACCAUGCAGGCAUCUUCAGGGUGUUUUGCUCCACCCUGUACCACUUCCAGAGAGGCAUGAAUCAAAUAUAUGAGGUCAGCAGCUGCGGCAACAAGGACCCUUCUGAACAGCCGUACGGGAUGAUAAGAACCUUUUACAUCGCCGCUGAAGAGGUAGAAUGGGAUUAUGCCCCUAACAAAAACUGGGAGUUCGAAAAGCAGCACUCGGACGGAGGAUGGGAAAGACAUGGAGAUAUAUUUAUGAACCACACUGAAAACUGGAUUGGCUCUCAGUACAAGAAAGUGGUUUACAGGGAAUACACCAAUGGAGAAUUUGUGGAGAUCAAAGCCCAACCGCCACAAGAGGAACACUUGGCACUCCUGGGCCCAAUGAUUCAUGCUGAGGUGGGCGACUCCAUCCUGAUCAUAUUUAUGAACAAGGCCCGUCGGCCCUACUCCAUCUCAGCCCACGGAGUGGAGGACAUGGAGAGUGGGAAAGGACUCCCAGUGCCUGUCACAAAGCCAGGAGAAAUAAAAACUUACAGAUGGAAUGUCCCUAAAAGGUCCGGUCCAGGGCUGUCUGACCCAAAUUGUAUUCCAUGGGUUUACUAUUCAACAGUAAACUUUGUGAAGGAUACCUAUAGUGGUUUGAUGGGUCCUCUGAUUACAUGCAGGGAAGGAGUGUUGAAUGAAAAGGGAAGAAGAAGCGACGUUGACUCUGAAUUUGUUCUCUUGUUUUUGGUAUUUAAUGAGAAUGAAUCCUGGUAUCUGGAUGACAAUAUUAAGAAGUAUCUUAAUAAAGAUCCACGAGAUUUUAAACCCUCUGAUGAUUUUGAGGAGAGCAACAAAAUGCAUGCUAUUAAUGGAAAGAUUUUUGGGAAUCUCCAUGGCCUCAUCAUGAAUGAAAAUACAAUGACAAACUGGUAUCUAUUAGGAAUAGGAAGUGAAGUGGACAUACACACAAUUCAUUAUCAUGCUGAGAGCUUUCUUUUCAUGAUAGAUAAAUCUUACCGAGGAGAUGUAUAUAACCUCUUUCCCGGGACAUUCCAAACCAUUGAACUGUUUGUGGAUCACCCAGGGACAUGGUUAUUACAUUGUCAUGUAUCUGACCACAUCCAUGCUGGCAUGGAGACAACCUACACAGUCCUUCAAAACAUCGACAACAGGAUUCCUUACUCCACCAAGCCUCCUUCUGGAGGAGCGUCCCACCCAGCCACAGCGCCCUCUAAUGAAGAACCUGGCAAGGAGCAGCUCUACUUCUUCGGCAAGAAUCUGGGUCCCAGAGGAGCCAAAGCAGCCUUGGUCAUCCUUUUCAUCAUCGGACUCCUCCUUCUGGUUGUCACGGUGAUUCUCUCCCUCACACUGUGCUCUGCAAGGAAGCGGGUGGCAUAUCAGGAAGUCCAGUCCUGUGCGCUCCCCACGGAUGCUCUGUGACCUGCUCGUCUUCCUCAGCAGGGAAAAUGGACCGGGGUCUCGUUCACCAAGGAAGUCUGACACUGUUCCUGGAUCAGGCUCUGAUCCUCUGGAACACAUUCAAAGCAAUUUGCUUUUAUUUAUUUAUUUUAAAGGGGCUGUGGAUAAUCUUCAGGAUAAAACAGAGAAAAGGAAGGGUGGGCAUGACUGAGAAAACUGACCCAGUCUGUUCUCUGAAUGAAUUCGCUGAAGUGGGAAGACCCUCUGAAAGAUGUCUUUGUUUUCUUUCUUUCAUAAUUCUUGGAUUAGAUAGUGCUUCCUUAACAAACCGUCAAAUUCUCUAGAUGGACAAUUUCGGGAAAGAGUUACACUGCGUCAGACAUCUAACUUGAAUGGCGCUGAUUUUUCAACGUUGUUAUGAAACAUGCUUCCCUUAGUGGUUCCAGGAAAAAUAACUUUCUGAGGAGUUCAUGAAAAUGUCUAAAUCAGUAUCUGCUGAUAGAAUUUGACCAAAUGAAAUUUUUGGAGGCUUUAGCCAGCUCCCCUGGCCUUUUCCUCUUUCAUAUAAAUAGCUUGUGCACUGUUUGCUACAAAAGGCAGAGUUAUAUGCAUUUUUUAAAAUUCUGCCAUUUUUAUGCAAACCUGUAGAGAUACUUAAAUGUUUACGACUCACUUCAUGUUACACAUUUUUACAAGAUGUUUCUGUGGCAAUGCUUGUAUUUUCAAAAAUCGGCUGGAGAAUUUGUAUUUGUAUUUCAGAAUGUGGAGGGCUGGGAUCUGAAAUAGCAGGCUAGUUCUCCCACUGUGAGUCAAGACACUCCCUGAGAGUUUAGUGGGAGCUUCUAAGGGGAGGGAGGACUUUGCAGGAGGCAAGUCUGACCUUGAAUCUUGAGUCUGAUUUUUCAUUCAGUUAGGAGGAUCUUCCCCAGUCUCCAUCUUUUAUGGAAUAAAGACAGUCUCAUCAUGUAAAAAAACACCAGGAAGAAUUAGUCGAUGCAGCUGACUGGCUGGGAGGAGAAGGGAUCUCACAAAAUCCUUGAGUCCAUGCCUCUUAAAAACAUAGCCUCUGAUGGGAAGAGGAGAGAAAAGGCAAAAUUGUCCUGGUGGCAAUUUUUCAAACCAACAAGUCAGCUCUGAGAUAUGUAUUACAGUUUUCAAGUCUCAAAUACAAAAUAAAAUAUUGAACAACUAAACUCAACCCAUUACGAGGCAAUCCAUACUCUCUAUAUGCAUGCCUAAGCUUUAGGUGUAAGAUUGAUAAAAGCAACAUUUAUUACUAGACUGAGAAAUUGCCUUUAGCCCACGCUGCUGCCAGAUGAGUGAUACUAGUCCAUCUGCCUAAACAGUGGAUCAUUUGGCUGUCCAGGUGAACAAGUAGGACCUAAAAAAUACUCUGGUGGAGGGACUUUUCAUACCUUCUCAUCUUCAUCUUGGUGAGGGGAAACAGGUAUUUUGAUAGAGGCUAUAGUCUUACAUAAAACAGGAUGCGAAUGCUAAUAGUUCUGUUCAUAAUCUGCUUGAAUGUCAUAUCAAACAUGGUACCCAAGGAUUUUGAAUUCCAGCCUGCUAACCACUGGUAAUGAGAUUUUGUAGUACGUGCUCUACAGUUUUCAGACAUGUGUAGGCUGUAUAAUUUCAUAAUAAUAAUCAUGACAAAUGACAGACUUAUAACUCACCUAGACAACAAA